AUGGACGUUCCCACGUCGCUUCCGGAUGCUCUGCCAGACAUUGCGCAGGUGCUGCGCAAGUUGAGUCCAGAUGCGCCUGGCUUUCCACUCGCCGCCAACGCUUCCGCUCGCGAAAUGUUGACGUUUGUUGACGCCCUCGCGCUCAAAAUCUACCCCAAGGGCUACUGGCAGCUCACGUGGACCCUCAACGCAAUCAACCUGUUUUGUUUCUUCUCGGUUACGCUGGCUCUGCGGACCUACCGAUCUCAUAAGAGUCCGACUCCCUUCUGGCUGUUCAAGCUCGAACAUCGACCGUACCGAGUCAAACGAACGCUCUCUUCGAAAAAGCCUGCAGAAGCACAGAAGCGCGGCGAACAGGCCAUACGACUAGGCUCGACGACAACCUCCCCGGGCAAGCUCCAAACAAGCGACCACAUGCGUAUGGGUCGUUUCAUCACGGCCUCUUGCGUCAAUUGUCACCUUCUCUUUACCAGCGCAUAUGUCAUCCUGCUCUGUCUCCAGGUCAUCGAGAGCUACCUCGCGCGCGGAGCAUUCGCAGCUCCUCCGCUUCUCGAACCAGCCUUACUCGACACCUUCAUGCUGUUUGCCAUCUACUCGACCGCUUAUUUCGCAGCGAUCGGCUACAUCGCUCUACUCCUUCCCAACGUCCCUCCUUGGAUGUGGAACAGCACCGUCGUCCUCUACUACGUAGGUGCGGUCGUAAUUGGUCUCACCUGCAAAUUCAGCAUUGCAUCGAGUCUGAGCAGGAUUAACGCUUUCCGCGUAGGUGUCCAUGAAGGAUUCGCUCUUCUUCCUGGAUUCGACGAACUUCUCAACUAUGGCAUUCCUCGGGUCGACGAGACCGCGAGAAUAUUGCUGCUCAACAUAGUCAAGGAGGCGUACAAAGAGUCACUGUGCUGCAAAAAGUGGCAGCAGUGCAUACACGUACUCGUCGUCUUGAACGGAUAUACUCUUGCUCUGGGCUAUCUGGUCAUUCUCGUCUUGCUAUCCAGGAGGGUAGCUAAAGAGCUGGCUCAGCUGCGAAAGUCUCCGUCGUCACAUUACGUAGACAAAGAUGCCGCGCCGAUGGACUUUCCUACGGUGGCGGCGUUGCCGUCGGUCGCAGCACGAUUCACCAUGCCUCUGGGAGCACCACAGACCCCGACCCCGACCUCUCCAUGGUCUAUAACACACCAUCACCGAUUCAGCCUACCUCCUUACGGGAUGAUCAGAACGCCUCCUCCAACGCCCGCACCAACUGGACCUCUUCCCUCUCCUCCUGCCGACGAUUCGCAGCCAGCUUCGCGCUCCUCGACGCCCGAAUCGCUCGCCUACGAGGUCGGCGACACUCACGGCCGAUCACACUCAGUCUUCCAUGCCAGACCGGCUUCAUUCCCCACACGGAGCGUUCAGGUUGGCAAUCUGCUCACCGAGAAGCCAACUCAAGGCCUCUCCUCCCGAGAUAGGAAGGGAUCGAAGCAAGAAAGUUACGGCGUCUUUCCUGUGCAUCAAGAUGUUCGUGCGGCUUCUUUGGGCGACAUUGACGCCACGAGGCUGCGUCUGGGGCCACGAACACGUAGGGACUCAUGCCCGGCCCCAUGGGAUCUGGAUACGCUGCAUGGAGAUCUUGCCAGCAACGAAGGCUAUGCCGCUGUCUGCCGUUUCCUCUUCAAUUGCAUCAUCGACCACGUCAUGAUCAUGCUUCAGUGCUUCGUCUUCGGGACCCACUCAGUCUAUUUGCUCUGUGUCUUCACUCGCGACUAUCCGAACGAUCCUCAAGUAGCCAGCUCGAAGCAAGGCGUGGCCACGAUGGUCUCGGCAGUGAGCUUCACGGUCCUCUACUACAUCAAUUGUCUUAAUCUUUUCGCACCUUUCCUGCUCUUCCCCGCAUCUCAAGUAAAGCUAGCAACGAUGCUUGCCUCUCUCACACUUCCUGAGCAUCGACCCGAGGUAGACGUCGAAUGUCAUGCAGGCGUCUCGCACAGCCAGCUUCAAGGCGCCGGAAGGGAGACCUCGAGGAGAGACUCUGUUCAGUCUCAUCGAGUAGCGAGUGGACGGACCAAGGUUGUCCCGGAGCUGAAGCAUCAAAAUUCUUCGCGGGCGCUCAUCAAUUCGGCUAGCAAGGAGACAAGCGAGACCUACACAAGCGGCUUGCUUAGCAAACAUGCCUCCGAACGGCAAUCAAACACUUCGCACCAAUCGUCUGCUGGUUCGGCAAGAAACUCCAUCAUUGGCGACGAUCAGGAAUCGGUCUGGAACAAUGCUCGAAGCGCAUACGUAUGCGUACCGGCUUUUUCCUCACCGAGACAACAUGCGAGGUCGAAGGCGAAUCUCCACAAGGACCAGCACCCCAACGAAUGCGCAACAGCCGACAAGAUCGCGGCUCACGUCGCGGCUGCAGUACGACUUUUCCGUUCGUCUUCCUCCACCAAUGUAUCUGGACAGGGUCGCAAAGCUUGCGCCGUCCCGGAUGGAUCGAAGCCUGAUAUCUCGCACGCGUCGGAUACGGUGACCUCGCCGGCAUCGACUUUCCGCCCAGCGAGUCUGAGCGAGGAAGAGCCAAAAGCUGGAACAAAAUCCUUGGGAUGGGCGUUCUCGCCGUUCUCGCGAGACCGCGUCGGGGAUACCAAGCCGAGCUCUCUUUCUGCCUGGCGUUUUCCGAAGUCUCGAGACGAAGCAGCGGCCCGGAAGCGCCGACCAGGCUUCGAGACUGACCUGACUCUCGACACGAUCAGCGACAGCAAUCAAGCGCCAAGAACAUCGCCGAGCGCUCAGUUAGUGCUGGACUCGCUCAUCUCAUCGCACGCUCUACCCAUUCGGGGAUUCUACUGCCACAUGAACGCGGCUGACGAGUCCGCUUCUCAGCGGCAUUACGACGUUCACAGCUCGAUAGAGUCUGGCUUUUGGACAUACGAAGGACCCAUUCUUGCGGAGAAGCGUCAGAGCUGCAUCAAUCAGGCGCACACUUACCAGUAUGCUCGAGAGUGUGAAGCCAGAGAGGAGCUCACAAAGCUUCAAGGCGAAUCUGACGCAGAAGACUUUGGCACCGUGGGCGAAGCUUCGAUGCCGAGAAGGCAGCGUCUCCGGCAGCAGUUUUAUUCUCAAGUCGACCAGCGUCGUCGUUCCUCCAGCCCAGCCCCGCAGGCCGGACAGGUGCGUUUGUCUAGCUCCAAUCGCCUUGCACCGGGAACACAGGAAUGUGGGAACGUACGCAGCAUUCGAACAGUUAAGCUCUUCGGCACGGAGCUGCGAUCCGACAGCCACACCACAGUCCCAACCAUCGUCGCUCAGCCGCCCACCCCGGAGCCUUCCGCGACUCCGUCCUUCAGACCAUCUCAGGAGUACGGGCAGGAGACGACCAUCUCUCUGCCGUUAACGGUGAGCCCUCUCUCGGCGAGCAUCUAUCUGGCCGAUGAGGACGACGAGCGAGAUUUUCGCACCCAAGACGCGGAGCAGAGCGACGACGACGACGACGCUUCGAUUGCCUCUAGUACCUUUGGCGGUGCCUAA